AUGGCUACCCUGAAAGCUGAACCGCAAUGGAAGAAGAAUCUUUCCGCCCACAUAAUAUGCCCCGAGUGCAAAGAGGUUCCACCGAACCUUGAAUUCCCCGGCUCUCACGAAACCGUCUGUGGAUCAUGUGGACUGGUGCUUGCUGAUCGAGAAAUCGACAUGCACUCCGAAUGGCGUACCUUUUCGAACGAUGACCAGAAUAACGACGACCCAUCCCGUGUCGGAGACGCAACGAAUCCACUGCUCAACGGUGAUCAGCUGGAAACUCAGAUCGCGAGUGGUGGAUCCGGUCGAGUGCGUGACCUCUACCGCGCUCAGAACAAGCAGUCAAGUGAGAAGGCCAACAAAUCUCUCUUGGCAGCGUACAAGGAGAUUGGUGCACUCUGCGAUGGUUUCAACAUUCAGAAAAACGUUGCAGACACCGCGAAGUAUCUUUUCAAGAUUGUGGAUGACGCCAAGGCGUUCAAGGGCAAAUCGCAAGACGUGAUUAUCGCCGGAUGUAUUUUCAUUGCCUGCCGCCAAUGCAAAGUACCUCGGACAUUUACUGAGAUCUUCGCCGUCACCAAGGUCACACGGAAAGAGAUUGGCCGUAUCUACAAAGCUCUGGAGAAGUUCUUCACGGCGCAGAAUCUCGAGCGGAUCAACGCCGUGGUUUCGAGUGGUGGUGUCCCGGAUCCCAACGACACCUACACCGCGACCACCUCCACCAAGCCCAGCGAUCUCUGCAACCGUUUCUGCAACCUUCUCGAUCUGCCCUUCCAGGUCACCAGCGUCUCCUCUGCUCUCUCCGAUCGUGUCACGACCAUGGGCGAUCUGGCCGGUCGUUCCCCUCUGUCCAUCGUGGCCGCCUGUAUCUACAUGGCUUCUUACCUUAUGGGCCACGGCAAGUCCGCCAAGGAGAUUUCUCAGGUUGCCCACGUCAGCGAUGGAACCAUUCGGGGCGCAUACAAGCAGCUUUACGCCGAGCGCGAGCGCCUGAUCGACCCCGAAUGGAUCAAAGAGGGCAAAGGUGAUCUGAAGAACCUGCCCGCUAGCUAA